AUGGCCAGCGCAGUAAUGAAGGCUCUCGUGGGGGGCGAGUCCGGCGGCUACCGGCUUGCGGACGAUAUGGACAUUCCCGUCCCAAAGCCAGGCAUGAUGCUAUGUCGAGUGCAUUCAGUCGCCCUCAGCCCAUACGACGCCAAGAUCGUGGACUUUUCGAAUACUCCGGGAGCAGUGGGAGGCUGUGACUUUGCUGGCGUCGUUGUCGGGGUGGGUGAAGGCGUUACACGGUUCAAAGAGGGAGAUCGUGUCCUGGCCGUGACCUUUGGACUGAACGCCUCGGACAAGACGGCGGGCGCUUUUGCCGAGUACGCGCUGGCGACUGAGGACCUAAGCUGCCACGUCCCGGAGAAAAUGUCAUUCGCACAGGCAAGCUCCAUGGGACUCGGCAUUGCUACUGCUGGGCUUGCCCUUUUCCAAGCACCCGGGCUGAACCUGGAGAUGUCAUGUACCAAGCCCGCUGAUGAGAACGCGCCUUUGUUUGUUCUAGUCUCCGGGGGAGCUAGCGGGACCGGAACGAUGGCGAUACAGUUGUUGAGGGUCGCCGGCUAUAUGCCCAUCGUCACCUGCUCGCCCGCUAAUAAUGCCCUCUGCGAGUCUUACGGCGCUGUCGCCUGCUUCGAUUAUCGUUCAUCCACUUGUGGUGCCGAUAUCCGCGAAUACACCGCCAAUAACCUUGUAUUCGUGUUUGACUGCGUGACCGACGCGUCAACGAUGCGCAUGUGUUAUGAGGCGAUUGGCUCGUCCGGAGGAAGAUAUGUCACUCUCGAGGCCAUCACCACGGUCGUCAAAUAUACGCGGAGGGAUGUCCGCACUGACUGGCUUAUGACCCCUACCAUUACAGGAGCACCAGUGGAGAUCCCAGGUUCGUACGGGCGCCCUAGCACACCAGAGCACAGGGUGUUUGGAGCAGAGUUGUUCCUAUUGGCAGAGAAGUUACUCAAGGAGGGCAGCAUCAAGAAUCAUCCCUUGGACAUCAAGAAGGGUGGCUUGACGGAGAUCCCCACGUAUGUGAAUGACUUGCGUAUCGGGAAUGUGCGGGGCAAACGGAUGGUCGUGCCGUUGAUGGCUGCGUAG